GUUUGAAGAUUUUUUUCCCUCUCAACCAUGUCUCUCGUAUGAUACUCCUAUCCUAUCCUAGGGUAAGACCAUGUAAGGUCGCCCUCGAGGUUCGUGAGCUCGGUGUAUAAUAAACAAUGCUGCCCUUCCACUGGACUAGAUCCCCGAGACAGGUUGGUAUAGUCUAGUAGUCACUUCGAACACUCAACAUCUUUUCGAAAAUGGCGACUCCUCUACCGGUAGUUCUAGGCGAUGACGAGCUAACUGAGAUUGCGGUCUCCUACGGCACCAUCAUUGCGACGGGUCUGCUCGCGAUUUUGGUCUGCGGGACUAGGCUCUGCGUCCGCCAGUUUAUGAUCAGGACCUUCGGUAUUGAUGACUGGGCAUGCCUGGUCGGAUUGCUCUUCGUCACCACUUUCAACGGCAUCGGCAUAGCCGUAGUAUACUACGGAGCUGGCAAACACAUAGGAAAUGUCUCCAUGGAACACCUUGAAAAGUGGUUCAUGCUCUACUACGUUUGUAUAUGCAUGUACCUGUCAAUCUCCUUCGCAGUCAAGUCGAGCAUUCUUUUCUUCUUGCGCCGGAUAUUUCCGUCUCCGUACAUCCAACAUUGCACGAUGGGCUUGCUCAUCUUUCUUACGCUCUUUACCAUCUCGGGGUCCUUUCUCGCCGCUUUCCAGUGCAACCCGCCCAAGUAUGCGUACGACCUCAAGUUUCUCUUCUCGCCGGAGCGAGCAGAGCAUUGCUUCUCUUCCGAUGUAUCUUACGUGAUCUUCAUGUACCAGGCGGUGGUCAUCUUCUGCUGCGACAUCUUCAUGUUCAUUCUGCCUUUCCCGGCGUUGAUCAAGUUGAACCUCAGCCAAGCCAAGAGCUUUGCUCUCUUAGCGGUCUUCGGGAGCGGUGUGGUUGCGUGCGUUGCGCCGGCCAUCAGGUUCAAGAGCUUGCAGUUUUACAAGACGGGAAGCACCGAUGUGACUUUCGAGGGCGCGUCGUCGCUGUAUUGGAUGGCCAUCGAAUACAACAUGGGCCUGGUCGCCGGCUCUCUUCCAGGCCUCCGACCUCUGUUCGCCAAGUUUGGUCUCCUCGGCUCCAGUGUUGAGGCGUCGGGCAACAAAUAUACGCCGAACGACAAUUUCUCGCCCUCGUACCAGCUCGAGGACCAAAGCAACAAGAAUUGGUCGAACCGUCGGAAGAAUGGUAGCAAGAAUAGAUACCAGGGAGAGAGUGUGCUGGACGCCACGGUUGUAGAACGACGAAACUCACUAGAGAGUGACGAGGAACGGAUCGUGAAGACGCAAGUCUUCACGGUGACAGAAGAAACCCGAGACCCAGAGUCUCAACGCAUGUCGCACGCCUGGGAAACCCCAGCUCCUAACGCGAAGUACUGAAAUUACAUGUUGUUAUACACUUGUAUGCGCGCAUGCACAAUAUUACUACUUGGCGGCUGGGCCGGACCAGCUGGCACCAUCCUUGACACAUUUGCACACGUCCCCUGGGCUUAAUGUUGAUCUCGCAGAUUGUACAUACACUCUUUAGAUUUCCUCCCUUUUCCGGCGACUGGAAGCCCAUCGCUUGGCCUCGGGUUCGACGUCGCUAUACAAUAAAGAGGCUGGGGAGGCCUCGACUCUUCACAUAUGCAGGGUAGACGACUCUGGAGCCUCUCCGUUUCAUGUGGCCAAGACCAACCGCAUGGAGCACGUGUGAUCUGUGAAAUCCCUUAACAAAAUCCUAUGCGAAGCACGGAUGGGGAAGCUCACCAAAGACCCGGGCGGAUGCGGCUCGGUCUAAGAAGCCUUUUAAAGCCACUCGGAAACAAUUUGGACGCCACCGGUAUUUAUCCGAAUAUAGAAGACUGACGUUUUUCUGCAAGUUUAUAUACCCGUCCUACCGUUUAGCUUCGUGGCGGUACUGUUAUUCGCUGCUCCUUCGACCCGAUAAUAGGCCUCGAGAGCUCCUGCGGUUGAAAGCCAGCAGUGAGUCCGGGGUGAUGCUUUGCCGCAACGCGGACGGCGCCGCGGACAUUGUAAAAAGUUGAACUGGAGAGAAACUUAACGAUGGCU